UUGAAUUUAAUUAAAAUUCAAAAAAGUGGGUUCCUAAUUUUAAAUAAAUAAGCAGAUCAUUGGCCAUUGGGCUAGUACAACCCAUACCCAUCUCCCCUACCUAUACCUACUACUGGGUUUCGGCUCCUGUUUAUGGCCAUGAUAUAGUAAUAAAAUAGAAAUUACUUUCUGAUGUCUGAAUGUAGAUUACCCUAAAAUAGGUCCCUACCUGCUUACCUAACUUACCCAUAAUCCUUUAAAGCUAUUUUAUACUAUCAUAGGUAUAAAUUUCCCGCCAUAUUGUCCUACAUCACUUAAGCUAUGCUUUGACCAAUGAGAAAGCUUAUUAUAGGUAGAAUGAACCCUGAACACAUAUAUUAGUGCGGUGACUUGUGAUGCUUUUAACCUGAAAUAAUAGAAAAUUAAUAAUAAAUACAAAACAUUCCGGAUUCCGUACAAUUAUCGAAACAAAAAUGAACAUCAGAUCAGUUUUAAUCGAAAGAAAAGAUCCAAAUUCGUCAACCAUCCAAUCAACAUCAGGAAUACUGAUAGAAGAAAAAUAUGUUUUACUCACUUCACAUAUAAUGCAUAAUUUCCUACAAGAAGACAAAGAAUUAGUGGAAAAUAUUGAACCAGGGAAACUAAAUAUCUAUGAAAAAAGACCAGUAAAGUUUCAUGUAGUGUGGAAAAAUCAAGGCAAUGACGUUAUUUUUAAAACAAAAACCGCCAAUUUGUAUGCUAUGUUUAAAUGUGAAAACUUGAAUGAGUUUUGUAAAAACGACUUCAAAGACUGGUUAUUGGCUGAUAAUAAUAUUAACAUCAAAAAAUUUGUUUCAGUAUUUAUAAUAUUAACCAUAACUGAUACAGUCCCUGAUCAAGACAUCUUGAAGUCAAUCUUACAUUCAUGGCUGAUAAAUAUUUCUUCAAUUAACAUAAAAAAAUGUGAUAAAUUAUUUUGUGUCUCCACGCCAUUUGGAGAUAGAUCUUUUUUGAACUCUUAUACAGAAGGUAUUGUUAGUACCCAAUUAAAGGGUUCUAAUUUAUUUCUUAGUGAUUGCACUAGUGCACCUGGUUGUGAAGGAGGCUUAGCCUACGUAAAAAGCCUACCAGUUGGUAUAAUAAUUUCAGCUUUCAAUUGGUGGAGAAAAGAUUGGGUAGGGCUUACGUUUAUUGCUGAUAUAAGGCCUAUUAUAGGACAACUAAUUUCUUCAGCUGAAAAAAAUUGUAUUAGACUUGAGUCAGAACUUUCUUUCGAAAAUUGCUUAGCCCAAGUCAAUUGUGGUACAAAUUGGGGCACUUGUAUUUUAUUGUCCAAAGAAAAAGGGAUAUUUUUGACCAACUCUCAUGUGAUUCAAGAUAAUCACAAAAUUCGUUUAAGAUGGAACGAUAAAUGGGCGGUAGCUGAUUUAAUUUACAAAACACCUAACGAUUCUGUUUUUGAUGUAGCUAUUAUCAAGAGCAACGCAUUUAGUCAGUAUAUGACAUUGCCAAAACUAGAUCCUACGUUUUGUAAAAUUGGUGAUCCAGUUUACUGUGCAGGUUACCCUCUCUUAUCCACAACAACCAAACCAGAAGGUAUCACGGUGACUCAUGGUAUCAUCAGUGCCUACCAAGAUUAUAUGCUCAAAACCACUUGUUGCGUUUAUCCAGGAUUUAGUGGUGGAGGUGUGUUCAAUUUAGAUGGCAACCUUUUGGGAAUAAUAGUUUCCAAUACAAGACUGAACGAGAGCAGUGUGACGUAUCCUAAAUAUAAUAUGGCGAUACCGUUUGGAGCAGUUGCGAAAAUUGUUUUUGACUAUUUGAGAACUAAUGAUCCCAAAGAACUGAACAAGCUAAAAGUGAAUAAUUCUGAAGCUGAAAGGGAAUGGUGGAGGCUAGAAGGAAAGUUAUGAAUUAAAUAGUUUACAUUUGUGUACAUAUACAUCCUACAAUAUAAAAAUACAGAGUAACAAUAUAAAAUACUGUAACUCUAUUCCUUUCUGGUGGUGGUGCCUUU